UUAAGUAGUAAUAUCUUUCAAUUUUUUAAACAUUUUUCAACCAUACUUUCCUUUCCUAUCUUCAAAAUGCUGUUCAGGCAAAUGUAUUGAUCUCGAUUCAUUCGUGUAUCCUUUCUAAACUAUGGAAUAAAAAAGUAUUAUUUUUAAAAAAUAUAGGAAAAAUAAAUUUAUAUAGGAGGGAUAUAAAUAGAGGGUUGAUGGUUAUACAUUAAUUGUGAUUGGCAUAUAGGAAGAGAUGUCAAGCUUAUUGAAGUUAUUCAGAAGCUGUUCUGGAAAGCGACCAUCCAAAAACACUUCCUUUUCCAUACCAAUCAAAGAAAGGUCCAAUUCUUCCUCACCCUCUUCAAAGCACUUCCGCCCAAACUUGGAGGAGAUCAAAUGGGCGUUUGAGAAGUUUGACUCGAACAAGGAUGGAAAAAUCUCAUUUGAGGAGUACAAGGAAGCUCACCGAGGCUUGGCUGGAAGCAAAGAGAUCACAGACGCAGAGGCAGAGAAGUCAUUCAAGCUUGUGGAUGUAGAUGGCGAUGGAUUCGUGGAUUUGAAGGAGUUCGUGGAGCUGUACACGAUGAGCAGCGGGGAAGUGAAGGUGGGCGACAUCGAAAGUGCCUUCAAAGUUUAUGAUUCCAAUGGAGAUGGGAAGAUAAGUGCAGAGGAGGUGAUGGGGAUCAUGAAGAUAUUGGGGGAGAACACCACCUUGAAGGCUUGCAAGCAAAUGGUGAAGGGUGUGGACAUGGAUGGGGAUGGCUUUAUUGAUGUCCAAGAGUUUUCUAAGCUCAUGGGUAAGUAUUCGAGUAAGUUUCAAAAUUAAAGAACCUAAAACUAAAACCUCGGACGCCCCGUAUCCAUUUUAAUUUUUCUCGAGUGCAACGGUUGAUCUCUAGCUUAAUUUUCAAAAACAAAAACAAAAAAAUAAAAUGAUUGGAAAACGAGAGCUACACAUGUCUCUAGUUUUUAGACAAAUGAACGUGGAAAACAAAAAUUCUAAGCUAUAUUUGAAGUUUGUAUCCAAUAAUUAGGAGGAUAGUUAUAUUGUGACAAUGUUGUUGAUUAAUGUGCGACUACUAGUAGUCAUUAUGCAACGUGUAGAUUUGUGAUGUAAUUUUUGUUAAGUUGUCAACAUCUUCAAACGAUGAAGGGUUCAAUAUUGAUAUAGUGAAUUGAAAAUCUCUAUUAUAUAAGAAAAUUGAUGUCAAGAUUACUUUUAUU